GUCCCCAAGGGCUCAGUACUAGGGCCUCUUCUCUUCUUGAUCUACAUAAAUGAUCUUCCUCAACAGGUAACGUCAGACUUACUACUUUUUGCAGACGACGUGAAACUUUGGAGAGAGAUACGCAACCAAGACGAUAUACAGGCACUUCAAGAGGAUCUGACUCGACUUCAAAGUUGGGCAGACGAUAACGGACUUACCUUUAACACUUCAAAGUGUAAAGUAGUCCAUCUGCGACAUGUCGCAAACUACAGUUACAACUUAGGAAACUCCUCUCUAGUAGUAUCCCAAGUCGAAAAAGAUUUAGGAGUCCUGGUGCCCCAUGACUUAAAGUCUUACGCUAACUGUGACAAAAAUGCCUUCCGAGCAAACCUUGCACUGGUAACGUUGAGGCGCAUUUUUGGCCAGUUUGACGGAAGAACUUUCCACACAAUCUUCAAUAGUUUCAUCCGUCCCCAUUUAGAGUACGGAAACAUAGUACUCCCCCCCUCACUCCAAAAGGACAAGGUCACUUUGGAGCGUAUCCAACGGCGAGCCACGAAAUCAGUUCGAGGACUCAAAUCUAAGCCUUACGAAGAACGCCUCCGUUCACUAGACCUUUACCCACUAGAAUAUAGGCGUCUUAGAGGUGAUUUAUUAAUGGCUUAUAGUAUUCUUAACACUUCUGGACAUCCUCUUAAACACCUACUUAAGCUUAGUUCGAACAAUAACCUAAGGGGUAACACCCAGAAACUGGAAACACAACAUAGCAAGACGGAAUGUAGACACAACUUCUACUCCUUAAGAGUUGUCAAAAGCUGGAACUCGCUGCCGGCCGAGCUAGUCCAAGCGACUUCUCAGGAGUCCUUCAAGAGGCAACUUGACCUAUUCUUAAGGACCAAGGACAGCAUCGCACUAUGAUUUACCAAUUUCUUUUCCUCUUUUAUUGUUAACAUACCUAGGUUCCUGCCUGGAGGAUUUGGUGAUCCCCUGCUACUAGACACGGAAGCCUGUUAAGCGAAAGCUUCUUCUAUUCCGUCCACAACCAUUUGAACCAUUUGAACCAAUCAAUGGGCGGUGCUAUUAGAUUGUUGCCCUACGUCUAAAUCGGCACUUCCUAAGUGUCUAUCUUCCUGCCGUCUAAAUAAACCUAUUAACUCCGUAACUAUACACAUGUAGAUGGGAUCAUUAUGGAUAAAAAAUGUUUUUGGUGUGCAUUUAAGCGAGGAAGAGCUCCGAAACAUUCCGCAUUUAAAGGCUGAACUGCUAACGCAUAUCGCUCUCAGAACAGUUCAAACUUCAUGUCUUUUCGGAGCUUUUGUAUGUGCCCCGGUGAUUACCUUGCUGUCAGAACCUAAAACUUUAAGGUGUUUAACCAGAAGAUCAUUCAAAUUCGCCACUUAUGGGUUCUUACCCGGAAUCACCAUAGCCCCAAUACUGAUGUAUGCUCGAAUGAAAGAUCAACCGGACGAAGCAUUUUACGACAGGUGCUAUCGGCUACGGAGCAACAAAAGCCAGCUUCGUGUAGAUCGUUUCAGUUAUAUCGGUUUGGGAUGCGGCGGGAUAGCAGGUUUUGCCAACGCAGCUGGACCAAUACAAACAGCAAUAAUAGGAAUGAUGAUUGGGACUGUAGCAGCUGUUUGCUGUAAUAAAAUUGAGAAUAGCAUUUCUACACAGAAAUAGAUAUUAGAUUUUCUGCUCAACCUCUGUUCAUUUAUUUCCGCAAUAAAUAUAUUUUCCAAUAAUUAAAUAGUUUGUGGUAGAAGAAUGUUUUUACUAUUUGUUAUUUAGCUAUGGAAAAGUCCUAAAUAUUUUACCUUCUUUAGUGAAGUGUGUGUUACAUAACUAUUUUGACAAUCUAGUACUGCAUCAUUUAUUAUUGUCGAUAGUUGAACAGUUCGUAGAUCUAAAUGACUUUAACUGUGGUAAUAAGGAUGAUAGUUCUCACCUUUCUUCGUAUUCUGAAGCCUGUAUCAUCUCAGUCUGUGCCACUUUUCGGGCCGUUAAUGUGAGUAUAAUUAUACCCCUAAUGUUCAUAAUCCGGUAUCACGAUUAUGAAUUGGUCCCGGAUAAUUGAUAUGAAUACGAUUCACCUUUCAAUACAAUUACUUUCCAAUCCUUCGUAUUUCAGACACUUUCGAGUCAGGCUGUAAAAUCAGGAAUUGGUUAUGAAUGUUUAGGGUAUACUGCACUUCAAACACCAAAGAUUGAUAGGGUAAACAGACCCACAUAGCCUACCAUUAGAAGCAUGAAGUAUGUACAUUUCGGAGUCCAUAAAUCUUUUGUUAUAUACUACAAGCAUGCAAAUUAGUUUCACCG